AUGGACGCGGAGGAAGUGAUCAUGGACGAGGAGUUCGAAGAGGGCUCCGAAGAGGAGGGCGAUCCUGAGUUCCCCGAAUACGAUCCGCCGUCCACGCAAGCCUCGUCCGGUAACGCUGACGCCCUGCAGCCGCUCGGCAGUCAACUUACAAGCUGGCUUCUUGCAGGUCCAGCGUCAACGCCGACGUCCUGCACAUCGUCACCACCCAUUUUGGCCGAUGAUCCGGCAUCACCGAAUCGCGGGCUGUUCCUGAGCGGACAGGCAAUGCACAUGCACCAGUUCUCUGGCAGUGGCAAACCGCCGGCCAUCCGGAGGGGCCCCGGGAGGCCACGCAAGGAAUAUCCGCCCAGCAUUCGUCUCACCAAAGACAAUCGCCUUGUCAAGCGAGGAAGUAGCGGCGUGCGAGGCGUGGCGAAGAGGAAGUACUUCCAGUCCGGCUCCGCUGUGGACAUUCUGGCGCAGCUGGGAAUCCACCAGGCGUCCGAUGGUAGUGUUAAUUUCAUGAACUCAAGUGGCCUUCUGCAGCAAUCGAGCGCAGUGACGACGAGCGUCGUGACGGCGACAACUUCCUCAUCGAUGCCGUCAACGCCGACCCAAGAGGAGCCCUCGACACCUUCCACGGCCGCCUCGACGCCAACAAACAAUCCGCCGUCGCUGGAUCCUGAGCAAGGAAUCGUCUUGAGUGGCGGCAGCGAUAAGCUGAUGCAGCCGCCCGAGGAGCCGCCGUAUUUCCCGGAAAAGUGGCCGGGCAAGUUUUGUGCCUUGUGCAAUUUGGGUGAGCGCAGUCAAUUGGGACAGGGUGAAAUGCUGCGCCUGGAGCUGAGCGCCGAAGAGUCGGAGAAGGUGCCCAUGGCCACCACACCGACGUCUGACGACAAGGAUUCGGCCGGACCGCUGCCGCAGUUGAGCAACAGGCGGCAGAAGGGGCUGAACAAGUGCAAGAAUCCGGUGAUGACGUCGGAGUAUGUGGACGAGCUGGAGAAGAUUGGGCAUGUGGAUCAGGUGGAGUUCGCCAAUCUCUUCGACGGUGCCAGCUUCUAUGUGCAUCGCUCGUGUGCAAUCUGGUCAAUUGGCGUGGCGCGUGACGCUUCGGGUACACUGAGCAAUGUCGGCGCCGUGAUCGCCCAGAGUCUCAGCCGGAAGUGCUCGUUCUGCUCGCGCUUCGGCGCCAGUGUCAUCUGCAAGAUGUCGUGUCCGAAGGUUUUCCACUUCCCAUGCGUGGCCGCAUCCGGUGGCUUCCAGAUCGUUCAGACGUACAUAUCCUUCUGCAAGGAACACUUGGGACAAGUGCCUCUAGUCUGUACUGAAGACAUCAACUGCAGAUCGUGCUCAGGUUUGGGCGAUGUCUCGAACUUGAUGAUGUGCUCAAUGUGUGGCGAUCAUUAUCACGGGACUUGCAUUGGUGUGGCGCAACUUCCGGGCGUUCGCGCCGGAUGGCAAUGUCAAUCUUGUCGCCACUGCCAGAUUUGCCGGCUGCCCGAUGCCACAGAGGGACGCUCUCUUGCCUGUGAGCAAUGUGACAAGAUCUACCAUGCGCAGUGUCUUCGGCCUGUCAUGACGUCGAUUCCGAAAUAUGGCUGGAAAUGUCGUUGUUGUCGCGUGUGUUCUGAUUGCGGAUCACGAACGCCUGGAGCGGGAACGUCAUCACGAUGGCAUUCGCACUACACAGUUUGCGAUUCGUGCUAUCAGCAGCGCAAUAAGGGAUUCAGCUGUCCAAUUUGCCAUCGAGCGUACCGAGCGGCAGCAUAUCGGGAGAUGGUGAAGUGCAGCUUGUGCAAUAAAUUCGUUCACAACACGUGCGACUCGGAUGCCGAGUUGUCGACAUACCAUGCGAAGAAGGAGACAAAUCCGGACUAUGAGUAUGUGUGUCCGCCGUGCAAGCAAUUAGCACAGAAUGGCCGCAUGGUGGCGGCGAUGCGGCGAGCGAGCAGCAUCGACGAAGACAGCAUGUCGGCGUCGCAGGAGAGUCUGUAUGCGGAUGAUGCGGAGAUGUGCGAGACGGCGGGCGGCAGUGGCGCCAAUGGUGGCGGUGAGAAGGUAGUCACGCCGAAGACGAGUCCCGUCGUGAGUAGUUACCCGAAAUGUCUCUUUCAGCUGAAUUCUGACUAUGGCCUGGGCAAGGGGAAGCCCUACGCUGCUACAAAGAUAGCGAAGAAGCGCCUCGGCCUGUCGGGAUUCACGCAAAUGGGUCGGCCGAAGGGUGGCGGCAAGUUUGGCCUGCAGAAGCGUCUGCGGUACAAUGAGUUGUCACGCAAGCGUGGCCCUAAGUCAAAGAUGAGGGGCAUUUUCGGUGUGCCUGGGCUGGGAUUGCAGCGACCCACGUCGGAUGUGGCGAGCAAGAUUGACGAGGAGCCAGGCAUUGAGAAUCGCCUGGUGCUGUGCUCGGCAAAGGACAAGUUCGUGCUGACGCAGGACAUCUGCGUGAUGUGCGGUGCCAUUGGGACGGAUCAGGAGGGGUGUCUGAUCGCGUGCACGCAGUGCGGCCAAUGCUAUCAUCCGUACUGUGUCAAUGUGAAGGUGACGAAGGUGAUCCUGCAGAAGGGCUGGCGAUGUCUGGACUGCACCGUGUGCGAGGGCUGUGGUCAGCGCAACGAUGAGGCGCGACUGAUAUUGUGUGAUGAGUGUGAUAUCUCAUAUCACAUUUACUGCAUGGAUCCACCACUCGAUAUCGUCCCGCAUGGCAAUUGGAAGUGCCGUUGGUGUGCCAUUUGUCAAAAGUGUGGCACCAACGAUCCAGGUUUCAACUGCUCGUGGAUGAAUAGUUACUCAGAGUGUGGUCCGUGCGCCAGUCAGUCGAAUUGUCCAUCGUGCGGUGAUGCAUAUGCCGAGGGUGAACUGAUUAUACAGUGCACACAGUGCGAGCGUUGGCUGCACUGCAACUGUGACGCAAUACGCACGGAAGAGGAGGCGGAGAGGUGCUCUGAGGAGGGAUACACGUGCGUUCUCUGUCGUCCACGUGAUAUUCCGCCGCCGCACCAGCAGCCGAAGGCGCAGCAGCAACAGGGUGGCUUCAGCAGGAGCUUGUCGCUCACCACCAAGAGUCCGGAUGGCAGCGAUGCUGGGCCAAUUCUGGCGCUGGAUGGAAAUCACUAUGUCGACGGUGUGUGCCUGAGUGAGCACGGAUUGGCGCAGAUCAAGUCACUGCAGCUGGACAGUGCGCGAAAGCGUCGACCGAAGCACAAGGUGAAUGUCGAUCCGACGAUUGCGGACAAAGAGGCGGGCAUUCUGGCGGCCAUUGAGUCAGUGGUGGCGGGCAGCAGUCACGAUAAUUCGCUGGAGGACGUGAAGGUUGAACCACUGGAUCCGAAGGAGGAGGCUGAGAUCUACAAGGACGGCAUGGUGUGGGAUCGCGCCGACGCGAGUCCACCCGAGGGAUUCACGCUGUACACCACGGAGCAGGGUACAGUGGUGUUGCGGAAAAAGCGCCAGAGGAAUCUGCAAAAGCUGGGCAUUGGUGGCUUCAAUGUGCGCAAUCGCACGCUGAAGAGUCUGAGCAACAAGGAGACGUUCGAGGGUGAAGACAUCACGGAUGGCAUGGUGCCACAGGCGGAGGCGAGUGACAAGAAGAAGAAGACAAUCAGGCGGAAGCAGAAGAGCAAGCUGAUUGAGACAUAUCCGAGUUAUCUGCAGGAAGCGUUCUUCGGGAAGACACUGUUGGACACGAGUAAGACGAAGUUUGAGUCAAGCAGCAGUGAUGACGAGGCGAAGAGCACAGUGUCGGAUGACAAGACCAUCAAGCUGUCCAUGGAGGAGUUGAAGAUGAUUGAGGCGAUGCGAACGAAGCAGCAACAGCAUCAGCAGAUGAUGGAUGAGCAGAAGACGAGGCAGUUGAGUGUGUUGAAUCAGCAAUCACAGGAUGGUGCGCAGGCAAUUCAGGCGGCGGUUCAGCAGAAUGCUGCUCCAUCACUGACGAAGCAUGCGCCGGCGCAGGCUCAAGUACCACAAGUGGCGGCGGCGGCGGCAACAGUGAAGAUGGAGAUCAUGCAGACGCCAACAACGUCUAGCACAGCAAGCAGUGCUGACAGUUUAAAGGACAUUCUGCCGAGGGAUUUGUUGGACUCCGAUCUGGUGAAUACUAUCAUGAAUGAGGAGAGAGAUUUGAGUAAGAACGCAGACAAUUUGGAUGAAAUCACGGAAAAUGUGGGGGAAAUGCUGUCGUCAUCGCCCUUCAAUUUGGACUACGUUGAGGAGAUCUUCAAGGGUGUUCUUACGGAUGAAUCUCAGGAGUCACAAGAAUUGCUGUUGACGUCGAGUGGUGCCACGAGUUACUCGUCGACAACAACUCAACACACAUCAAUGCAGCAGCAAGGGCAGCUUCACGCGGGAAAUGUGCAGAAUCCGCAGCAGAUGCCGAUGCAAGUGGGCAUGAAUAUGCUUGGCGGCGGUCAAGUAGAUACGACGACGUCGCAGCAAUUGCAGCAGACGAUGAGUAUGCAGCAGCCACAGUCGACGAUGACACUGCUGAAUCAACAAGCAAAUGGUGGUCAACAGGGACAGGCGAUGCCACAGAACGUGAUAGUGCGUUCUGCGGCGAAUCAACAGCAGCAGCACAUGGGGUAUCCAAAUAUAUCAUAUAACCAUUACAACUAUCGAAGCAAUCAAUUCGGUCCAGUGUACACAGAGCCAAUGCAGCAGCAGCAAUCUCAAUGGGGACAACCAAUUCAAUCUGGCAUACAAAGUAUGGAUACGACAAUGGGAAUGCCUGUUACUGAUGAUUCGCUCGCUAUUGUGCCGACGCCGGCCACAAACAAUCAGAAGACGUCCGAUAGAAUGAGACAAGAUGAGAUUUUAGGCGAAAUGGCGACAAUUUCGGCAGUGUUGUAUGCCAACAUGAAUCAUCCGGAGUUAAAGACGGAGUUUCCCAAUUGGACGGAUCGCUUUAAGCAGAUACUGAAGAAGUGGAGGGCUCUGUCGACGGAGAAUAAGCAACCAUUUCUGCAGAAGGCGCGAGAUAAUCGUUCGGCGCUGCGUAUGAAGAAGGCACAGCAAGUUCCCUCAAUGUCACCCAAGGAUAGCCAAGUGCACCAGACGAGCGGCAGCACUGCAGGAAGUGCCGCGAUGCUCAGUGCCAUAGCGUCAGAUGGUAGUUCAGAGGCGUCAAGUGGGGAUUUAAUGGUGCAACAGCAACAGCAAAUGCAGUCGCGUGUUGGUGGCGGACAGGCACAGGGUCAUCAGCAGCCGGCGCAGCAACAAGCGGCGGCCGCGGCGGCGCAUCAUCAUCAAAUAUUAGAGGUGCACGGAAAUUGUGGGGAUGGCAAAAAUGAAUUACUAGAUGAAUUAACCGCAUCAACUACACAAACUAAUACAAAUGUUCAUAGUGCAUCAAAUAACACAAAUAACUCCUCCUCUAAUGUCAUACCAAAUGUAAUGUCCUCAAGUCAAGAGACACCGCCAAAGAGCACCCCCACGGACUCCCCGUCCUCCACACCCGCCACCACGUCCUGUGCCGCCGCCGCGUACGGCGGCUACGGUUCCCAAAGUUUCCAGCAACAUGUAAAUUCGGUAGAGCCGCUGUUUGAUGGUAGUGUUCAAAGUAGCAAUAGUAAUAGUCAAGUAGAAGAACUUGCGAUACCCACGACAACAUCCGCCUCGAGUCCGGCCAGUACGAUGGACAUUGAUUUGGGCUCGACGACAUCAUCGAUAUCGUCAUUGAAUGAGCCUGACGAGCAAGUUGAGACGACAACAAGUCAAGUGAUGACAUCCACAACGGCGGCAGAAGUGACGAGAACAACAGUGAGUCACACGGCGCCGACAAUUGUGCAUUCAUUCGCGAAUGCGGCCAACAUUGCCAAUAGUUUCAUCAACAUCUCCAAUCUGACGAGCAGCAGCAAUCUGAACAUCACACCAAUGGCUGCAGCUGUGCUGCCCGUGGCGCAAACGACAGCGGUGAUGGCGAGUGUGGCGAAGCAGUCGUUCAGCACGAACUUGAUCGUGUCACAGCCCGUGACGCACUUCAUGAAGGCCCUGACUCUGGGCGGUGGCGCAAAGAGUGGCAUUUUCGUGCCAAAUGUGAUUGCCACGAACAUCUCGCCGCAAUUCACGGUGCAUCAUCAUCAUCCGCAGCACUAUGGCGUGCACCAUCAUCAUCACGGCGCUGGUGGACCGGCGCCGAAUGUCACUGUGAAUCCCAAUGGGAAUUUCAACACGAAUCCCAACUCGGCACUGCGUUCGGGCACUUUUCACGGUCAAUUUAGGCCAUUUCUCCACCACAACACACUGAGCAUCACGGGGAAUCUGCAUCAUCCGGUCUCUGGUGCCAUACAGUCGCCAAUCUUGGCGGCUCAGCUGCAGACAAUCAAUCAGAUAGCCACGAAUCAGGCGCAGCAGCAACAGCAUCACGGGAUGAUGCAAGAGCAGUCGCAGCAGAUUCAGACUUCUGGCACGAAUACUAUCAUUCACUAUCCCACGUCGAAUAUUGUGAUGCAGCAGCACACGAGUGGACAAUUUGUGCAUCACUUGGAGCGCACGCCGUCACGCUCGCAGAGUCCGGCGUACAGUCAACAGGCGGCGAAGCAGUCGAUGGAAGGCGGCAAUCGUGCUCAGUACUUCAACAUCAGCAAUGACCAGCAGAUACGCGUGCUGACGCCGUCGGAGAUCAUGCGAACGCUGCCGUCGCUGCCCAAUCAAGAUCUGUCCACGAGCUAUGACACAACGCCGGCGAUUUCGCAUCAAGUUUCGGUGAACACGGCCGCGGUCACGAUGACGAGUGCAGCGGUGGUGGUGACGAAGGAGUCACACAAUGUACCGAUGAUGAAUAGCAAACCAUUUGCACGCAAUGGUUCUUCUUCUUCCACUAUUACUACGCCCGAGAACGCUACUUUGACACCAACCAGCUCUACGUUGAACAUUUUGACUUCUUGCUCAUCCCCAAUCAUAUCAGCUUUCUCUUCUUCUUCUACCAAAAAUUCACAAACACCACCCUCGACUCCGAACACCACGACUUCUUCGUCCACGUCAAUUUUGCAUCAAACGGAUCAGGAAAAGAUCAAUGCUCAGCAGAAGACAAUUCGUGAGCAAGAGCAGGAGCGCCAGUGGAAGCUUUUGCAGGCGACACGAGCGCGAGAGCAGCAAAUGCAGCAACUGGUCAUCCACAAUCAAGGCGGUCAAGACGCUUCUCUGCAAUUACAAGUGUCGACGCAUAAUGACGGCAAUUCCAUUGGCCCGAUGGCGAGUCCUUCGCCGACUUCGCGCCAGAUGACGAACUUUGUGACGCCGUCAGCCAAGGGAAGACCAGGAGUUCUGCCCACGAAUGUGAAUUCGCAAGGAUAUCCGCAUGCCGGGAUGACGCGACCGGUUUCGGUGCAGAUUCCGCGCGGUCAGCAGCAAAUGGCGCGCAUGACGCAGAGUCCUUUCUCGCCACAAUCGCAAGCAUCGCAAUCGCCACACGAUCAAUUUCCCAGUUCGCCUGUGCCGCAGGGCAUGGACUCGUUCUCCAGGCCGCCUUCAGAAGGCUCGCAACAGGACCAGUUCAUUCUGUCACCACAAGCGAACAGAUCUUUUGGCCAUCAGAGUCCGAAUCCGGCGCCAAAUCGUAGUCCAGCCUAUGUUGGUCAACAGCCGAGUGUUCAGGUGCCGGCGAAGCAGAUUCGCCUCAACAUCGACAACACUGGAUAUGCUCAUGCGCCGGGAACGCCGCGUCCGGCGGCCAACACAAACAUCAUGAGGUCGACAGUUUAUGCCACUCGACCGCUAUUCAGCGGCAAUCAGACAUCACCAUUCACGUCGCCGCGUUCUGACACAUUCCAAGGACAGCCGGCACAAGUUCAGCCGCCGCAACCCUAUCAGCAGCCGCAGGCACAGCAACAGCAGCAGCCAGAAGGGAAUAGACAGCUGCGCGAUCUGCUGCAGCGCCAGCAAAUGGUCACGCCGAACAGCACGGGAAUGGUGUCGCCGCAGCACGUGCAGUCGCCACAGGCGCAGAAUCCGCCGCAGUCGCCACGCUGGGGAAUGGAGGCGGUGGACGAGCAGAGCCUGAAUGCUGGACAACAACAGCAGCAGACACCGGACAACAUCACAUUCCGCCAGCCACUGCCGCCGGGACUGACGUCGCGGCCGCAGCGCAUGCAAUUGGCCACCGGACCGGUGCUGGUGCGGCCGGGACAGCAACAGCUGCAGCCGCAAGUGUCGCUGACCAAUCAAAUUGGCAAUGCGCGGCUGACGCAAAUCUCGGCGGACAUGCGACAGAGGAUGAUAAGGCCGCAGGUUGUGACGAGUGUGAUUGCGUCGAAUCAAACGUCGCAGAUGAUCAUGACGCAGCAGUCAAACAUUAUUCAGCAAGGCGGGAUCAUGCAGCAAUCCCAGGCGCACCAGCAGCAACAGCAGCAGCAGCAGCAGCAACAGUUUGGUGUGCGGAAGAUCGAUCACUAUGGGCAGUUGAUGGUGAAUCAAGCCGUGAGUGGGCAGAAUCAGAUGCAGCAGCAGCAGCCGGGAAUGGCACAAAGUGCGCAGGAGCAACAGAAUGUGUCUCUGCUGGCGCACAAGUUGGAUAGGAUUCAGCCGGCGGGCAAUAUGAUGGGCGGCGCGUCUGAUGAGGCGCCUGAGAUUCCGGACAAUGUCACGGCGGAGCUGGAGAAAUUGGAGCAGGAAGAGGGUGGCGGAAUGGGUGAAGUUGAGGGUGUUGGUGACAUCCUUGGCGGCCUGGGUGAUGAUGAUGAGGAGCUGCUGGUGUCGCUGACAGCGGAAAUGGGAGCAGAUUUCAAUAUUCUCGAGUAUGCCGAUCCGGAAUUGGAUACACUCAAUGACGGUGAGAAGGCGAACUUGCUGGACAGUUUGGAGUUGGACGAGGAGACGGAAAAGGAUGACAAGCCAGGGAAGAAGGAGUUGCCCGAGAAGGAUGACACACGAUCAACAUGUGAAGAGACUCCGACGACAAAUAUUGUCUCGCAAUCCGAGACGAUGACGAUGAGUGGCGGCGGCAACGGUGGUCAGAACAUUGCCAUGAGUAGUGCCAUGCAAAUGCCACCACAAAUGCAUCAGACAACACAGGCGGGACACAAUGCGUCGAGCAUGAUGCCUCAGAUGUCUCAGUCGCAACAAAUUCAGCCACAGCAGAGCAUGGUGCUGGACAAUAGUCAGCAAUUGCAUCAGCAGCAGAGGAUUCAUCAGCUGAAGAUCCUUCAGCAGCAACAGCAGCAGCAGCAACAACAACAGCAGCAGACUCAAGUGACACACCAGAUUAUACCGGCAAAUUUGCAACAGAUUCAGCAACAAAUGCUUCAGAAGGUACAACAAGCGGCCGCGAUGGGAAAACCAAUGCAAGUUGGCACACAAUUGAUGUCCAAUGGAGCAAUUGGUAUUGUCACAGCCAACAAUAAUGUCCAAGUCAGCUUUCCUGGCUUAAUGAAUCGCAAUGGACAACAAUUGGUGACGCAGCAUCGGCUGCAGGCGCUGAGAAUGCCGGCACCUGGCCAGGAUCACCCUGGACAGCAGCAGGCGAAUCAGGGCACGCGCAUGAUCUUGCAGCAGCAGCUGCAGCAGCAAUCGACUCAGGUGAAUCGUAUCGCGAUGGCGAACACGCAGGCUCAGGCGCAGGGACAGAUCAAUCAGCCGCCGCCUCCGCCUUAUCCCGGGCCGCCGCCUCCGUAUCCGGGCAGCGCGCCGGUGCAACAGCCGCCGGCGAAUCAGCAUACUUACUUUCGGUUUUUGAUAAUAAUCGCUAAAAAGAAAGAGAUACAAAAUAAAUUUAAAUAUACACAUGCGAAACAGUUUUACCCUCCGUAUCAAUCGAUGCCUACAUCGGGAAUAAUGCCAAGCACCGGGUAUCAUCAGCAUAAUGUUGCACAUCGUCGGUCUUUGCUGUUACAGGAACAGCCACUCCUGUUGGAAGAUUUAUUGGAGCAAGAGAAGCGCGAACAGGAGAGACAGCAAAUAACAUCCACAAUAGCGAAUGUACAAUCUAAUACACAAAUUAAUCCUGGAAUGAUUGAUGAUCAAAAUUACCAGAGAGUUCCGGGGGAUCUUUUCAGUGGCAAUGCACAGACCACAACAGCGCAAGGACUAUUGUCUAUGCAACAACAAACAUCACAGCAACAGUCGCAAGGGAUAAAGCCACAAUUCAUGCCCAGAGGCAUGAAUCAGACACAAUGGCGACCGACAAAUCCUGCACAAGUGGUGCAACAGCAAUUGCCGAGUCCUGGAACGCCAAAUCCAGCGAAUGAUCCGGCGGGCAUUCGACGCGACAGCACCGGUGCCAUUCAGCUGUUCAUUGCCAAUCUGCCACCACAGCCGCCGCUGCCGCCCGAGACGAUUGUCACGGAACAGGAUAGGCAGAUGCAGGUGGCGUACGAACAGUGGCUGACGCAGCAGCACAAUGUCCUGGCUGAACAGCUGAAGUACUAUGAAACUGAAGUGACGAAGCUGCGGAAAGUGAAGAAGAGCUUGAACAGCAAGCAGAGACAGAUCAAGAAGCAGGGCCAGGAACUCAGUGAGAGCGAUGCGAGAGAUUUGGCUAAAGUGACAACAGAGCAGAAUAUCGUGCAAAAACAGCUUGAGAGUGCGAGAAAGCAGGCGAGACAGCAUUCAAUGGUGAUACAGGAUUACAAAGGGAAACAAAUGUCGAAGAUGCAAAAUCAAAUCAUAUCACCAAUUGGAACAUUGCCUGGCUCUUCGCCGGCUCACAUUGCACCGCAGUCGCCAAUAACAUCCCCAUCGCCAGGAUCACAGCAAAUCCUUCAGACGACUGGACAAUCGCCGCUGAGCAAUCAAAUGGUGCAAAGUCAUCAGAGUCCACUGCACUCGCCCAGUCCGUUGAUGUCUUCCCAAUCGCCUGGGCCGACGAGUGUGAAUUCGAUCAUGCAAAGUCCCAGCAAUCAGCAGAACUCCAUGUCGCCGUACAAUACGAUGCAGCCGUCGCCGAGGAUUGGAACGCCGCUGUCACAGGUGGAUGAGUGUCCGUUCAGUCCCAAUAAUCCAGGUCCGUCGCCAACUCCAUCGAUUCCUGGGCGAUUGACGUCGCCGCAGCAUCGAAUGGGUGCGCCAAAUAUUCCCGGUGGGCGAAUUGUCACGAGUCCCGGCGCUCCGUAUCAGCAGCAGCAACAGCAGCAGCAGAAUAUGAUGGCCCAAGGGCAGAUUUUACAGGCCGGUCAACAACAACAGAAUCGUUUUGUGCGACCGCAAAUCAUGACGAUGCAAACUGCCGACGGCAUAAUGCGGCCCCGGAUUGUGUUCAGCCAGCAACAGCAACAGCAGCAGCAACAGCAGGUGAUGAGACAGAAUUCGGCGGGCUACAAUUCACCGCUGGGCAGUCCACAGCCGACGAUUAAUCAAGGUGGCAAUCAGCAGGCGAUUGAUCACAUGCACAAUCAGAGGACGAUGCAAUUGGUGCAGCAGAGGCACUUGAUCCAGCGCCAGCAAAUGCUGCAGCAGCAACAGCAACAGCAGCAGCAGCAGCAACAGCAGUACAAGCAAGGCAAUGCGCAGCAGCAACAGCCGCCGUCGCCUAUGCUCGGCCAGGCCAUCAAUCCACCAUCUCCGAUGGCGAGGGGCGGCGGCAUGAGUCAGUUCGGGAAUGUCAAUCAACCCAUGCAAUCGCCAAUCAUGCGGCGCCCACCGAGCACGGGCGGCGUGACGGCGAACUCUCCUGUUGGCGCCGAGAGGCCGCAGAGUGUGGAGAAUUCACCGCGGCACAUGUACUUGCAGCAGCACAGCGACGCCGGUGUGGAUGGUUCAGGAGGGAAUUCCGGUGGCGGCGGCGGCGGUCACAGCAUGAACAAUCCGAUUCCACUGCCGGCGUCCUUUGGGCGAUUUGGAUAUAUAAAGCUGGGUCUGCGCGGCGGUGCGCCAAUGUGGAGUUACGGCUCGAAGCGCAUGCCGACACCAUCGUCAGCCGGUCAGAGUGGAUCUGGUGGUGACAAGCAGAUAGCGUCCACAUCAGGUGGUGUUGUUCAGGGUGUGCGAAAGGAGGCGCACAUGAAUCGCAUCUCGAUAUUGAAGAAGAAGAAAAAGGUGACGGGAUUGCCGCAUGAUUUGGUGAUCAAGAGCAAGGCGCUGGAGUUUGGUGAGUUGGAGGACAGCUCGAAUACGCCACCAGAGAGUCCACUGCACGGCAAGGGAAAGAUUCCGCCACCGGGUGAGGGAGGAGGACGAAAGGAUGAGAUUGUGGUGAUUGACAGCAGUCCGGAUGAGAAGCAGAGGAUCAUGGAUUAUGAUGAUGACAAUGACAAGGCGGUGGUGGCGACAGAAGUGUCGUUGAGUGCGGCUGCUCAAUCUGUUCCGGACACAGAUGAUAUUUCGGUGAUUGAGUCACUGGCGCCGACAGAGUUUGAUGCCAUUGUGUCCAGUCCACUGGAGUCUGAGGUGACGGAGGAGUAUGUCCUGUUUGCGCCUGACAUGGUGGUGGACUAUGCGGACAGUGAUGACUCGAUGAAGCACACUUCCAUGUCUCAUCUGCCGAAGACGGUGAUCUCCGAUGAGGACAAGACGCUGGAGUUGAUCGCGAGUCCUGGAGAUGACUUUGUGCGCACGGAAGAUAGCGAUGAUGAGGAGGCGGAGAAGGAGAAGAGUGGCCAGUUCUCGGAGGAACAUUUCACGACUGGCGAUGAGGACAUGAUGUCGAUGGGUUCGGAGAUUGUUAUCAUUGGAUCGGACAUGAAGAGUCCGGAGGAGCAAAUUGUCACCACGAGUGAUGUUCUGGAUGUGAUUCUGGGAUCUGGGAAGGAAGCAAAGCCGGCGGGUGGACCAAGUUCACCGCGCGCAGAGUCGACGUCUGCUGAGCAGGUGAGCAAGCAGGUGAGUGCCGUGGGCAUGACAAGUGCCAGUGCAGUGGUGAAGAAGGGAUCUCCGGUAAUCACGUACUCUUCGCGUUUGCCCGUGACGUCGGCAUUGAUGAGCAGCCGGCCAACAAGUGGUCAGAUGACAGCUGUGUCGGUGCACAAGAAGCUGAUGAAGGAUGUGACGCAAACGACGGCAAUUGUGUCGAUUGGCAAUACGACAAUUUCCGUGCCGGUGCUGAAGAAUGUUCCGCUGCCGCACAACAAGGCGACGACAACAGUUGGUGAUGGCCAAGCGGGUGGACACGCGGCAAGUGGAAAGGGGAAAUUGCUGGCAAAAUCGCCGAUAAGUGUGAAAUUGCCAAAAUCGAUGAUCACAAUGGGUGGCCAUAAACUACUCAGUCCAGCUUCUAUUGUCACAAUCUCGUCACUAAAUCUCGGCCAGAGUUCUUCGUCGUCGUCGCACAAUAAAGUGACAACAGUGGCGCAAAUUACGCAGAAAUCACCAUCGCCAGUUACAGUUGCUCAACAACAAUUGGUUUCGGAGAAAAUGCUUGAGCGUCUGGCCACAAAAUCAUCAUCAUCCAGUCUUGUCUAUUCAAAGUUGUCAUCGUUGACGGUGAAUCAGGACGCUUCGUUGCCACACAAAAUAUUUGAGGAUGAAUCUGUGUCGCCAGACAGCUCGAUAGAGCACGAUGAUCCAGAUUUGGCGUCGCCAGAGCACAAAGUGGAGUUUCACAGUGUUGCCGAUGACAUGGUGGACGACAUGAAGAUGAUGAGCAGUGAUAAAGGGACGGAAAAUGCAACUGCAGACGCUAAAGAUGUUACCAGUGAAGCAGUGGUGAAAGAUCAGGUGGACAAUAAGGAGGAGAUUGAUGAGAUCAAAGAGGUGAAAGAUGGUAAAACUGGAGGGGAAUUAAAGCAGAAGCAAAAUGUUAUUCCCUUCCAUGUGAUUGUCAAAUCACGCGAUUCACCGCGAAGUCCCAAAUUGUCCACGGCGAGUCAGCGCAAUAUCUCAACAAUGCCUCAACUCUCUCCGCUGUCGCAGCCGACGGAAAUGGCGACAAACAUGCAGAAUGUGUCGCAAGAGGUGCGAUCGAUUCUGUCAUCCAUCAGCUCAUCGAGUCCAUCUGUGACGACGCUGUCGCUCAAUGCGGAAAAGACGACCGGCGAAGAUGCUCAAGUUGCCGAUGCGACGAAUGUGAACUUUGAGAAUCUCCUGCCGUCCACGAAAGUUGAGGUAACAAAGGCAGAAACAGUGACGCCAAUGAGUCUCAAGACGACAACUGACAUCACCAAAGUUACAGUGCCGGAAAGGAAUUCACCUGCAGUGAGCAAUCCAACAACUGGUGGUUCUAUUCUCGUUGUGAAGCAAUUAUUGGCGGGAAACCAAUUGACAACGUCGCCAAAGACAAAAUCCACCGGCAAUUCGCCGGUGUCGCAAACAUCAGCCGGCGCACAGUCGGUCAUCAUCACUCAAGGGCAGCAGGGAAUACCGAAUUUGACGAAGAUCCAGGCGGAGAGCCAACAGCAGAAGGACAGAGCGAAAUCGCCGGGAGUUGUGAGCAUUCUCAGCAAUCAAUUGACAGGACAACACACGCGCAUCAUCAACUAUUCCGAUCUGCAGUACAGUUCGACUCAGCCGCCAGCUCUCGUGAUGACGUCCAGGCAGGGUGUAAUUUCUGGCACUGUUGUACCAAUCACGACGUCCACGGGUGGCGGUUCUGUGACGCCCACGAGCACGGCUAUCCAGUUCUCGGGCAGUAUUCUGGGCGCCACACUGUCGCAGCCGAGCUUCAAGGCGGCCACGCAGCAGCCGCCGAUGGGCAGCACACUGCUACACACGCAGCUGACCAGUGCUUUGAAGCGAUCCAAGUCUACGGAGGAGCAACCGGCGGCCGCGCCGGCGCUGAUUCACGGCACAAAAAGGCACAGCGUGGAGCUGACGAAUGUGGUGAAGAGCGAGCCGAUGGACACGAGUGAGGACGCGCCGGCGACUGUGACGCCGACGAAGGCGAGCGAGGGCGGAUGCAAGUUCUCCACGAUGACAGUAGCGCCGCCCGUAAAGUCUGAGGACUCGCAAAAUGUGCUGCUGAAGCAAUUGCUGCAGAAUUCAGGCAGUACGAGUACACCGUCGCCCACGCCGCCAGCGAUCGCGUCGCGCACCAUGCCGGGCUUGCGGGCGCCGAGUUUGGGUCUCGUGAGUUCGUUGGAGGCGCAAUUGGCGAGGCCAGCUUUGCCACCGGUGCCGUCGAAUGCCAGUCAAAUUCUUCCGCAGUCAUCGAACUCACCCACGCCGGCCGCCGCCACUCCGUCGCCGGUGUGCAGUGAAGUGAGUGCAACGAAGGCGACAAUGAGGACGCACAUCUUCAUGCAGAGAGAGACGUCUUUCGUAUCCAAGCCACCACAGUCACCGAGUCAACAGGCGGCGACGGUGCAGCAAACACAGCCGCAGAUUGUGACAACGUCGGCGUCUGCCAUAACUACAAGUGCCGCCGAGACGAAGAUGGUGAGUGUUAAGGAGGAGACGGUGAUUCCAACGGAGCCACCGCCGCCGUAUCCAACUCUGUCAUCAUCUCUAGACGCGGUGGCGCCGCCAAAUGUAGUGAUAAACAAGGACAUGUCGCUGCCGGUGGUCACGGCGGUGAAGCAAUCGACAUCUCCGCCGGAGACGGGCAGUGUUACGGGUCCACCAAGUCUGGCGGUGAUUGAUGUGAAGAAGGAGAUUGUCGAGGAGGUGGUUUCACCUGUUGUGACGACGACGCUGGGUGAGAAGUUGACGCCAAAGAUGCCUGAGGGCACUUUUACUGUGCCGAAGACAGAGUUGAUGGAUACAACGGAGGUAGCGGCGAGUGAUGUGGCGGCAGCAGCGGCAGCGAAGACGGCGCAAGAGACGGCACUGGAGCUGAAGAAGCGCAAGAGGCGAGAGUACCAGAAGAGUCGCCGGCAGAUGCAGAUACUGAGCAAAGAGGCGAUGAGCAGCAGCAGUAAGAAGCGACCACGCAAGUUCUCCAAAGUCGAGGAGGAUUAUGACACAUUCAUUGACAACUUGAUGGGACAAUUGAGGCAAUUGCCGCAUAUGCAGAUUCUGGAGCCGACGCUGUGCAGGAACUUCGGCGUGGGGCCGGUGUAUGGCACGGGUGAUUUGACGAAGAUGAGCUCGGCCAGGGAGUAUUCGAUCUGCGAGGGUGACAUGUUGGGCGAAUAUGGAAUGGCGGAGUUGCCGAAUGUGGCGGAUUUCUACAACACAAAGCCUUUCGGUAUGAAAUCGCCGCCGAGUGAGAAUGGCUCUGGCACGUCGACACACUAUGGAUUCUACGAUCAGGAAUUCGCACCGAUGAGCUUCGAUGUGGAGGAGGACAAUCGCUACAAGUAUGAGACACUGAUGAAGGAGCGCGACAAUGAGACGCCAGACACAGUUAUCAGUAGUUCGAGUCCUGAGUGCACAGCCUGGGAGCCACUGUAUUUGUAUCCGGGACUGAAGCUUAUCAAUGAGGAUUCGGAUGAUGAGGAGAAUGGCGUGUAUCGCAGUAUGUCACCGCAGAUUCCACUUGUGGCGCCCAUUCCCAUCCGUCUGAAGCCGGGAAUGUCAUUUGCGCGCGCCCUGAAUGUGUGCAACAAGGAGAAUGAGGGAUUGAAGGAUGUGCUGGGGGUGAAAUCGCGAUUUGGCUCACCGACACCGCUCAAGGACAACAGCAAUGUCACCGUGACGCUCACGCUAACGUCAUCAGCGGCGGAGGAUAUUAUGGGUGUGUUGAGGAAUUUGGCCAACAUCCUGCACAUUCCGGCGCCGACGGCGUAUCAGAUUGUCGAGCGCACGACGACGCCGCCGAGUCAGAAGUUGGGAUUGUACAGGACGAAGGGGAAGGAUGGCAAGGAGGGCGCUCCAAUUGAUAUCCAGACAAUUCUCAAUGGCGCUGCAAAGUUCUGUCGUCACUGUGAUGUUGUGAUACUGAACAGCAUGAUCAGGGCGAAGGCGUCAGAAUUCCCACUGUUGUCGACACUCAACAACGCCACGGAACUCAUCAAUGACACGGACGAUCUCUACUUCUGCAGUCGGGCGUGCUAUAAGCAAUUCCAGUGGCGUCCAACGAGCAUCCUGGAGGAGAGCAGAACAGAGGCCAAGAGUGGUGCGGCGCAGGAUGAGGAGAAGAGUGCGAAGGUGGAUGAUAAAUCUCUGUUCGGCGACGUGAUCAUGACAACAUCGACAACGUGUGAUCUGAAUGAUGAUGAUCUGAAGAUGGAAGUAGAUCUGGAUGAGACGGACAUCAAGGAGGCGACGAGUGGUAUUGAUCUCAAGGAGUUGGACAUCAAGCAGGAGUUGAGGGAUGAGGUGUCAAUGGAUGGGGACUUUGAGAAGCAUCCGAAGUUCAAGGGUGUGCGCUAUAAGAUGUUCUCGGGCAAUUGCUUCACGAUAGCGUCGAAGUACAAGAAGCCGACAGAUAAGGAGAUCACAGAGACACUGUUCCGCAUGAGCAUCACUGUGACGGCGAGCAAGAUGCCCGAGGAUACGCGCAAGUGCAUCUUCUGCCAUCAGAUUGGCGACGGUGUGGCCGAUGGACCGUCGCGCCUGCUGAACUUCGAUGUGGACAAGUGGGUGCAUCUGAAUUGCGCCCUGUGGUCGGACGGCGUGUAUGAGACAGUCAAUGGGGCGCUGAUGAAUCUCGAGAAUGCCCUGCAGGCAAGCCUCGUUCAGACUUGCGUGGUGUGCGGCAAUCUCGGUGCCACCAUUAAGUGCUUCAAGACACGCUGUACGAAUGUGUACCACUUGAAUUGUGCGCUGAAGGACAAUUGUGUGUUCUACAAGAAUAAGACCACUAUGUGCUCAUCGCAUGCGCCAAAGACGGAGAAGGACAAUGAAUUGACCACACUCAGUGUGCAGAGGCGCGUGUAUGUGGAGCGGGAUGAGAGUCGACAAGUGGCGAGUGUGAUGCAUCACUCAGAGCUGAGCAAUCUGAUGCGCGUGGGCAGUUUGAUCUUCCUAAAUGUUGGCCAAUUACUGCCGCACCAGCUGAUCGCCUUCCACACGCCCAACUACAUCUAUCCCAUCGGCUACAAGAUCAUCCGCUUCUACUGGUCCAUGCGACAGCCGAACAGGCGCUGUCGCUACAUCUGUAGCAUUGCCGAUGUCUCGGGAAGGCCGGAGUUUCGGGUGCUGGUGCAAGAGCCACAGCGUGAUGACAUUGAGCUGCGCGACUCGAGUCCACGAGCCGUGUGGCAGCGAAUUCUUGAGCCACUGGCGCAGAUGCGCAAAGAGAAUCAACUUAUCCAAGUCUUCCCAAAAUACGUCACGGGUGAGGAUCUAUUUGGCCUGACGGAGCCCGCCGUGGUGCGCAUUCUCGAGAGUCUGCCUGGCAUUGAGACACUGACGGACUAUCGCUUCAAGUAUGGGCGAAAUCCGCUGCUGGAGCUUCCGCUGGCCAUCAAUCCGUCUGGGGCGGCGCGCACGGAGCCCAAGCUGAAGCACAGCGUGGGCUGGAAGAAGCCACACACACAGCGCACGGGAUCAACGAGUCAGAGGCCGACAUUUGUGCCGACAGCAUCGAUUGCCGGCGAAGUGGCGUGUCCCUACAGCAAGCAAUUUGUGCACUCCAAGAGCUCGCAGUACAAGAAGAUGAAGCAGGAGUGGCGCAACAAUGUCUACUUGGCGCGCUCGAAGAUCCAGGGCUUGGGAUUGUAUGCGGCGCGUGAUCUGGAGAAGCACACGAUGGUGAUUGAGUACAUCGGAGAGGUGAUCAGGACGGAGUUGUCGGAGAGUCGCGAGAAGCAGUACGAGGCUAAGAAUCGAGGAAUUUACAUGUUCCGCUUGGACGAGGAUCGCGUCGUCGAUGCCACGCUCUGUGGCGGUUUGGCGCGCUACAUCAAUCACUCCUGCAAUCCAAAUUGCGUCACUGAAAUUGUCGAAGUUGAUCGUGAAUAUCGUAUUAUCAUAUUUGCGAAGAGGAGAAUUAAUCGUGGUGAAGAAUUGUCUUACGACUACAAAUUCGAUAUUGAGGAUGAUGCGCACAAGAUUUCUUGCAUGUGCGGAGCUCCGAAUUGCCGAAAGUGGAUGAACUAAAAGCGAACAUUCCUGUAUUUUUGAGACACCAUUGACAUCACACAGAGAGAGUUCUUCUAUUGAAGAGAGGAUACAGCAAAGAGCGCGAUCCAAAGGUAUUUUAGAGAUUGAGGGUGAAAGUGAUGAGUUUUCUUCUUUUUUUUUUACUGAGAAAGUGUACGGCAAUUUAUAUAUUUUUGAAUCAUUGUGAAGAUAUUGAUGGAAAUUGUGAGGAUUUUUUCUCCUUUUGAAUUGUGAAAUGCAUAAAAAAAAUAUUGUAUAGAAAAUACGAUUGAAGUAUUUUAAUAAUACAUAGAAGAGUAACAGAAGAGAAUCACUGAAAGUUUAAAUAAUGAGAGGUUAUAUUUGUAUAUAUAAUAUCUCAGAGAUCUUUAAAGUCCUUUUAUAUAAAUGAUAUAGAUUGUAAGUUGAUUAGAAUUGGAGAUUGUGUACAAUAUUGAAAGAAAAAGAAGAAGAAAGUGGAGGUGUAUUUUGUAAAGUUGCAAUUUCAACAUAAUUUUGUCUCAUCUUAAGUGUUAUCAAAAAAGUAUAAAAUGAGCUUUUCUACAAUAUAAAAAGAAAUCAACAAAAUGUACUUUACAAAUUGAGAUGCUGAGUGUAAUGAAAAUGGUAAUUUUUUAAAGAUAUUUAAUAAUGAAUAGAAAAUGUAUUUUUCUUUCGAAAUCCCUUUCUAUUAAGUUUAGAAAUUUAUACAAGGAUCAAAGUGAUGAAUCGAAUUAAUCACUUGAAUAUUUCUGGCGUUUAUCGUGAGGCCAGUUUAUGAUUUAAUGUGUGUGUGUAAUUUCUAUUGUCGAGAGAGAAAUGGCAGAAUUGUGUAAAGACGGAAUGUAAUUCAUUGUGUUUGCAAUUUGAGUUACCUCAGUGUUUCUUCGUGUUCAACAAAAAGGAUUAUAGAUGUAAAUAAGUUAGACGAUAGCACUCUAAAUGAAAAUGAAUUGUCCAUGUUAAUGAAUAGUACAGAGAUUGUUAAUUAAUGUGGAUACAAAAGGAAAUAAUACAGUCAAUAUGAAAUUAA